GAAUGCGAUUGUGCACACUGUCGCGGAAGCAUCGUGGGAAGCACGUCAUACCAUCCCCUUCUACCAGUGCCAGGUAUCGAGCACCAGGCGAUGUCUGGCAUCGAGGUGGUCCGACUGCCGCUCAAGGCCCUGGAAGACUUUGACAAGGCUGUGCCCUUGAUUGCUCCAAGGGUGACUGGCCACUCUUGUACAUUAAUUUGCCUGCACUGCCUCAACGUCCACACUCCAUGGGACGGAUGGGAGCAAUUCUUUGCGCCAUCGCAGCUGACAGGCACCAUGCGCGUGGUGCUGGUCUUGGCAGACGGCGUGUCGUGGCACGACUACCCAGACUGCGCUCUGCUCGGGGGAGGUGCCUUGUAG